GACGUAUAUUUGAGUUGGGUUUGGACAUUGAUAUUAGAUGAUCAGGUCUACCGUGAACCGAAUGAAAUUCCCAUUCAUAACUUGGAGUUAUUUGAAAUUUGGAAUUCUCACUCACAUUACCUCAUUUGGAGUUAUUUGAAAUUCCCACUCACAUUACCUCAUUUGGAGUUAUUUGAAAUUCCCACUCACAUUACCUCAUUUGGAAUUGUUGGAUUUUCGAAUGUUUUAUCAUCACUCUCGCUUCUAUUUCACUGUAAAGGAAAAAAAGAAAAGAAAAAGAAUUGCACUGAGAUGUUAUGGUGAGACCCACGCUCAGCUCAGAUGAUGUCACCAUCAUCCACACUUUAAUGUAGAAUGUAGCAUGUGUAUCGAUCCCACAACACGCUAUUCAAAUCAGGAGUACGGUUCGAAAGCGAGACUUUAAGAAUUUAUUUUUCGAAUUCCUGCCAACGUUGCUAUGCGGUUAGGACCUAAAAUACAUUGCACUUAGUAGACCAUUUUUCUUACCAAUUAAACAGACAUCCAGUGACCACAAACUCCAACAAUGCCAUAUAUUUUAUUAUAGUGUUCCAAGACUUUUUUUAUUUUUUAUUUUAUAAAACUGUGAACAAAUUAAAUGAGAAAUUUGUAAUGUACGAAUUUGAGUUUUAAUUAAGGCUAUAAUUGAAGCGUUCACGAUUUCACGUGCAUACCUUAGGCACCAAAAUUCUUGGUGUUGAGAAAAUUUUCAACCUAGUAUUGGAUGGUAAUAUAUGGCUUAAAUGAAUGAGCAAAUUCCCUUUUAGCCACUAGUUUAACAACAUGCAUACUCGUUCAAAUCAAACUACAUACCAUAGUCACCAAAAUUAUGUAUAACUGACACGUGUCUGGCAUUCUAGCCAUUAUUUUCAUGUGGACUUUGAAGGUAUAUCUAUAUAUAAUAUACAUAGCAUGGUAUUGUCUCAAACAAUUAUAUAUAUCUCCCUAAAGUCAAAUAUUUGUUUUGAAUUCUUUCUUUCUAAAGGAGGAAGAAAUUAAGGAAAAAGAAAAUGCAGGUUGUGAAGGAUAAAUUAGGUGAAAUGAGCGCAAUGCGCAAGGUGAAGGCUGAAACCAAAGCAGAGGAAAAGGAGGCGAAGGAUUUGGCGAGAGCUCGAGCUGAGGUUGCUCAUGAGGUGAGACUGGCAAGAGAAGCUGAAGCUAAGAUGGAUCUGCAUGUGAACAAAGCUGCAGAAGUGGCAGAUAGAGUGAGAGCAAACCAUGAGGGGAAGUAUGGAUCAGAGUCCACAGCCCGGGGGAAUGUUGGGAGCUUAGAGAACGCCUAUGAUCGCGACCCGGAUCCGUUUGGCUCUGCCACCACCACCACCACCGAUGCCAGUACCACCGGAUCGGAGUACCUGACUAACACAACAGGGGCACCAGCUCCCCCAUCUAACAAGCAUUUGUAAACUUGUUAUUUCUCACUAUCACAAAACAACUGGGGCUGCAAUGUUUGUGUGUUGUGUUUUUUGUUUUCCUUUUUUAUUUUUUGGGUGGUUCUUGUAUUGCAAUGUAACCUUCUAUGUGUAUGAGGCCUCCCAUAAGAUGACUUUUGUCUCCAAAUAAAAGAAUUUGCUAGUAUUUGUCUA